GCUUGUCUGGCGCGCGCAUUGCACGUCCAGUCGACCACUACUUAAAAGAUCGAAUCAGCGACUCAACAAACGAUUCUAAAGCUACGUUUGUAGCGAUGCGUCGAUUUUAGUUCUUACUUAACUUAUACAUUCCUAAAGUGAUAUUUAAAGUGAUAUUUUUUAUUUAAUAAAGUAGAAUAGAUAGUGUAGAAAUCAAGAUGUACAAAUAUAUAUUUUAUUUUGCCGUUUUAUUUUGCCAUGGAUAUGCCGAAAUAUUGAAUUUGGCGGGAGGCACUAAGUCCAAUUAUACAUUCCCGAAAGGCUUCCUAUUUGGAGUCUCUACCGCAGCUAUACAAAUUGAAGGGGGCUGGGACGAGGAUGGUAAAACGGAGAGUAUAUGGGACCGCUUAGUGCGCGUCGAUAAAAACUUCACCAAAGACGGUUCCACUCCUGACGUGGCAGCUGAUUCCUAUCACUUGUAUAAAAGGGACGCCGAAAUGAUCCGAGAGCUAGGUGUGGACAUUUACAGAUUCUCGAUAUCAUGGCCCAGGAUAUUACCGACUGGUUUAGCAAACAAAGUUAAUCCACUGGGUAUACAGUAUUAUAAAAAUCUCAUAAACGAAUUAGAGAAGUACAACAUAACUCCAAUGGUGACCAUAUAUCACUGGGACUUGCCUCAGAAAUUGCAGGACAUCGGUGGCUGGACUAACUCUCACAUAGUCGACUAUUUCACCGAUUAUGCUAACGUACUAUUUGAGAACUUUGCCGAUAAAGUGAAGUUCUGGAUCACUUUCAACGAGCCGAUGCAGACUUGCCUGGAGGGUUAUGGGAACACUUACAGAGCUCCGGCGCUAAAUCGCCAUGGCGUUGCUGAGUAUUUGUGUACUCACAAUCUGUUGAAAGCCCACGCAAGUGCAUACCAUUUGUUCGACAAACAGUAUCGUCCACUGUACGGAGGAAAAAUCGGCAUGUCAUUGGACUCUAAUUGGGCAGAACCUAAAACCGAUUCUCCGAGGGACAGAGAAGCGGCAGAGCUUUACCUAAGGACUCAUUUGGGUUGGUACGCGCACCCUGUCUAUUCAGCAGAAGGGAACUAUCCUCUAGAAUUGAUAAAGCUCGUGGAUGAGAAAAGCAGACAGCAGAACUACAGUCGCUCCCGAUUGCCCAAGUUCACUCCAGAAGAGGUCGCAUACAUACGCGGUACCGCAGAUUUCUUUGGCCUCAAUCACUACACAACCUACCUGCUAAGUAUGGCAGACGGCGAAGUUGGAAGAAUACCCUCGCAUGAAAACGAUGUUGGUAUCGUUAGAGUGCAAGAUCCUAAAUGGCCGUCCAGGAGUUCUUCCUCGUGGCUUAAGGUUGUUCCCUUUGGCUUCAGACGCCUUCUGAAAUGGAUAACCACAACUUACAAUAACGUGCCGAUCAUAGUAACUGAGAACGGCUAUGCAGACUUUAGUGGUGUAGAGGACACAGCGAGAGUCUCGUAUUACUGCCACUACCUGAACUCCUUGCUGCACGCCAUACACGAAGACAAGAGUAACGUACAAGGAUACUUUGCUUGGAGUUUGAUGGACAACUGGGAAUGGGACGACGGCUUUGUGUCCCGCUUCGGUCUUUACUUGGUCGAUUUCAACAGUCCAAACAAGACGCGGACGCCGAAGCAUUCGGCGAAGUUAUACGCGAAGGUAGUCUCCUCGCGAGGAUUGCCGCCGGACUAUGACCCCGAGGACUUCACUGCAUUCUCCGGCGCCUCGAUACUUGUCCCGACAAUCAUCCCUAUGUUACCCCUCUAUAGGCUACUUAUAUGACGCGUCACGUCACUAAGUACGUAUGUAAAACUAUCAUUACAUUAAUUAUUCAAUAUCUUAACUUUCAUUUUAACUUGAUCCCUAAUAGACUGAGACGGUGGGGAAGUUUUCCUGUGGAUCGGGUUCAUGAAAGGCAAUUGUUAUUGUGACUUAAUACUGGCAAUUGACAGGAAUAGAUACAACAACAGAAGGGUAGCGAUAAACAUUAUUUAUAUUAUAUUAUCGAAAUAAAAUUACACUUUUAGUUAUUA